AUGAACCCUGAGAUCAGAACGAUUUACGCUGCGAAACACAGAGAAGCUGCGCGUCUCUUCCGCGAGACCCAUCCUGACGCCGGCGUCACUUACCCCGCGGGCGUGUGGAACAGAGUGACACCAACAUCUGCCGCCCACAGGGUGACGAAAGCUCUCCGCACGAAUCAGAAGAGGGAGCUCGGGCAGGGCCGCUUCAGCAUCGCCACGCUUGUCCACUGGAACGGGGCCGAGGCCGUGAUGAAAACGCCGGUCGAGGACUCCGCGUGGAUAUUUGUUGAAGAAUUAAUGCAUCUGAGGCACCUCCGGGGCGCCGGCGGAUCCCCCAUAGCCCUUGGACUGUGCCCAAAUCCCCCGGCCCUCUUCAUAUCCUUCGUGGGGCAUCAGACUCUCGAAAAUUACUUGCAGGAAAAGAGGACCGACGAAGAGCUUGUGGAAGUGGCCAUCGAUCUUUGCAUUAAGAUACAGGAAAUCCAUCAGAAGAAAAUCAUUCACCGCGACCUGAAGGAGGACAACGUCCUAGUGGACGCCCAAGGAAAGGUGCACGUUAUCGACUUCGGCAACGCCGAUAAGGAGGGUAAAAAGUGUUGCUAUUGUAGACCAAGUUGGUCCCCCAUGUGGAUGGCCCCUGAGGUCUUCUCCGACGUCCUGAACCAUCCCACCCAAGACGUAUACUCCUUCGGGUACUUGCUCAUGACAAUAGCCGAGGUCAUGGAAUCUCCAUAA